AUGUGCGGAAACUUCUUCUUCUCCACUUUUCUCUUUCUGCUGUUCGACGAAGUUAAACUCUUUUAAAAGCGGUGAGAAGUGGAGCAAAGUGGACACAAGACACACCCGGAGACACCCGGACACACGGUGAGUCAUGGUGAAGAACUCAACAUGGCCGCUCAGACGGUGUUCUCGGUGGAGAUGUUUCCUGUCGGUGUUUCUCUGAUGGAGGACGCUCAGAGCGACAUGCCCAGGAACACGCUGCCCGCCCCUCAGCUGGUGAUGCUGGCCAAUGUGGCGGCGGUGACGGCGGCGGAGGGCAGCGGCGGUGAUGGCAGUGCGGCUGACGAGAAGGAGAUGAUGGAGCUGAAGACGGUGGGAUGCAGCUACUCGGACAGCGAGGAGGAGAACAUCAUCAGGUACAGCUACGACAACCAGAACUACAGAGAGGUGUGUAUCGUUGAGUACCCCGAGUCUCCCAGCCCGAACAUCGUCGCCGUGGUCGUAGGAAACGACGUGGAGGAAGAAGACGGGGACAAAGCUGAAGACCUGUCCCGUCGCACUCGGCCCCGCCCCUCUGCCGCCACUAAAACACCUGAGCAGGGAAAAAUGGAACGUCAACAAAGCCCCGCUGUCGCGACGGAGAUUACCAAGAAGAAGAAACCCUUCCACUGUAAGCCGUGUCACUUCCAGGCUCAGAACGAGCGGGAGUUUGUCGAACACCUCGGCACUCACGGCGUCAGCAAGAUGAUGGUGGUGAACCGGGUUGAGGGCAGGAGCAAGACCAGGAUCAAGGACGCUGACGCAGAAAUACCCGAGUCCCAGACGGCGUCGGGCGGGGAGGCGGAGAGCGGCGAGGAGUCGACGGCAGGUGACGUCAAAGGGCUGAUCAGGUGCGAACGGUGCGGCUACAACACCAACAGAUACGACCAUUACAUCGCUCACCUGAAGCACCACAGCAAGGAGGGGGAGGACCACAGGGUGUUUAAGUGCACGCUGUGUCCGUACACCACCGUCAGUCAGUACCACUGGAGGAAACACCUGAGGAAUCACUUCCCCAGCAAACUGCACACCUGCAGCCAGUGCUCCUACUUCUCCGACCGCAAGAGCAACUACAUCCAACACAUUCGGACGCACACAGGUGUCCGUCCUUUCCAGUGUCCGUACUGCGACUACUCCAGUUCUCAGAAGACCCACCUGACCCGACACAUGAGGACUCACUCUGGCGAGCGUCCUUUCAAGUGUGAGAGCUGUAACUACCUGGCAGCCAACCAGCAUGAGGUGACCCGCCACGCCCGGCAGGUCCACAAUGGGCCCAAACCUCUUUCCUGCCCGUACUGCGAGUACAAGACCGCCGACCGCAGCAACUUCAAGAAGCACGUCGAACUCCACCUCAAUCCUCGCCAGUUCCUCUGCCCGCUCUGCAAGUACGCCGCCUCCAAGAAAUGCAACCUGCAGUACCACAUCAAGUCCAGGCACUCGGGCUGCGACGUCGACCUGGACAUCUCCAAGGUCAAACUGCGCGUCAAGAAACCCGGCACUGACGGCGCCGAUGAAAACUCAGACUCCAGAGCGAGCAAGUUUGACAAUUCAUCCGACGUGGAAGAGGACUUUGACAUGGACGAGGACGAGAGCGUCGACUCUAGCCCCAUCAAUCUGUCGAUCAAAAAGAGCAGCCGGCCCGGCGCCGCCCAACCGGUGCCGAGCGAAGCAGCUGACAAGGUUCUGAAGAAAUCCAACGUCUCUGCUGAGAAAGAGAAACCUCAGAAAGGGAAGGAGAAGGUGGAACCGGAGAAAAAGGUCACGACAAGGCAGAAGAAGACUGAGAAGGUCAACGAGAAUCUUCUAGAGACGGAGACAAUAACUGCUGCUGUAAAUACAGACAAGGUAAAGAGACGAGUCAAGAAGCCGCCGGCAGAGAAGACGACUGUCCAGGACCAAUCAGACAAAGACCAAAUGGAGACGGACAAAUCUGACCAACAAAAAUCGGAGGAGGAAAGAGUCGUGAUGCCGAAAGAGGAAGAAAAGUUCAGGCCUGAGAAGGAGAAAGUACAUCAGAAGAACGAUGGCAGUGGAAAGGAGAACAAAAGCCUCAACAAGCCAAAGAAGUCCGGAUCAAAGAAGUCAGAGAAAAUACCAGAACAUGUCGAAGAAGCUCAGCAGAAACCGGACAUUCCUGAGAAAACUCAGAAGGAAAAAGUGGUCAAGGAAAAGGCUGCAAAGAGGAAAGCAGUGGAGGCUCUCGAUCUCUCCAAGAAGUCCUCGUCCGAGACUCCAUCCAAGACCAGACGGCUGAAAGCCAGCGCUACUUCAAAAGACACUAAGAAGGUCAACGAUGCCACUCCGACACCACACAGGUCCAACGGGACGACCCCUGUGAAGCAGAAGAAGACCAGGAACAUUAGCAAGAAAGCCACAGGUUCCACUGUGGAUCCAGUUAAAGACCAGAAGACUUCAGUCAACAGUCCAUUAACAGACGCUCAGCUGGACAAACCAACACCAACCACGACCUCUGAGCGCCACCCGACAGGAACCAGCCCUGCUCAGAAGGCCUCCACUGAUGAAACCAGACCCCAACGGCCACGGAAGACCCUGAAGAGACCCUCAGAGAAGAUGGAGGUUUCACCCACCUGCAGCUCAGGUGAGAGCAAACAUUCUACCGCUGGAGACCGCCAUACUCCUGUUAAACCCACAUCACCGCCGGUUUCACCUUCGACGUUUGUUAAACCUACGUCACCGCCGGUUUCACCCACCUGCAGCUCCGGUGAGAGCAAACAUUCUACCACUGGAGACCGCCGUACUCCUGUUAAACCCACAUCACCGCCGGUUUCACCUUCGACGUUUGUUAAACCUACGUCACCGCCGGUUUCACCCACCUGCAGCUCCGGUGAGAGCAAACAUUCUACCGCUGGAGACCGCCGUGCUCCGACAUUUGUUAAACCUACGUCACCAACAGUUUCACCCACCUGCAGCUCAGGUGAGGACACACCUCCAGCUAGAGACCGCCGUGCUCCGACGUUUGUUAAACCCACGUCACCGCCGGUUUCACCUUCGACAUUUGUCAAACCCACGUCACCACCCUCUCUGGUGCUUCCAAGCCAGCGCAGCAAACCCGCCGAUCCGGAGGACGACGAGGGCAUCCACAGCAGCCACGAAGGGGGAAGCGACAUCAGCGACAGCGCGUCCGAGGGCAGCGACGACUCCGGCCUCAACAGCGCCGGCGCCGGGUCGGGUAAGAUGGCCAACGACCCCGAAACGCCCACCGACGAGAUCCCGACGCCGACGGAGCUCAAGAGUCACCUGUGCAUCUUCUGCGACCGCACGUUCCCUUUGGAGGUGGAGUACCGACGCCACCUAAACCGCCAUCUCGUCAACGUCUACUACAUGGACGACACCGCCAAAGUACAGAAAUGAGGAUCUGUAUCCAUGGCAACACAUUCUGCGUGGACAUCUUGUUCUCAGCCUUUUUGACCUUCAAACAGAAACUUUGAAUUCUGGCGCUCAAAACAAAACAGAGCAGUCGGUUUAUCGCAGUUAGCUGGAUGUUAUCAACAGUCUCUUCUUCUGUGGUUCUAAGCAUUAACACAGGUUAUAUAUAUAUAUAUAUACA